AUGUGUGCGAUGGGUGCUGGCCGAAAUAGGGCUAGGCUGUGCGCAGAGAAUGAUGCAGGACUUUCUGGAGAGUUUAAAAACCUCUGUUGGAGGUGCUCUUAUUUCGCUUCAGACUGUGCAACAACACCUCUCAAUCAUUUUUCUUUCAAUCUCAGAACAACGUUUUCACACACAAAAUUAGAAUCGAAGAAGAAACACAUACUAAACUCAAAGGCGGUGGUGGUACUGUGCGUGACUGGAGGUUUACGCAGAGGGAGGAUUGACGGUGGUGGUAGCUUUCGUCGGUCUGAAUCGGAGGGCAUGGAGAUGACCGAUGGCGUGAUGUCGAGGCUUCCGGUGUUGAGCGACGCUGGAGGGAGAUACCGAAAGGAGAAUCGCUGGCGGUCGGAGUCUGUGAUGCGUGGUGGUGCGGAUCCGGUCUAG